CACUGGGCGUGUCCACCUGCUGAGAUGUGUGACCAGACCUUCCUGGCCAUAACCUUUGGCCCGUGUGACUGCUGCAGUGACACCAAGCCCCUGAUGAACAUAUACCUGAAGAAUGAGCCUGUCAACUACUGCUCACUGUGUGUGGAGCGGAUGGCUUGUCAGGGACUGCAGCCGAAUGAGACCCUGGCAACGCUGAAGAUGGAAUCGGAGACUCUGAAGACCAAGCUGGAGGAGGAGCGAGCCAAACUGCACGAUGUUGAACUGCAUCAGGUGGCAGAGCGCGUGGAAGCUCUCGGACAGUUUGUCAUGAAGACCAGGAGGACCCUAAAGGGUCACGGUAACAAAGUUCUGUGCAUGGACUGGUGCAAGGACAAAAGGAGGAUCGUGAGCUCCUCUCAGGAUGGAAAAGUGAUCGUAUGGGAUGCAUUCACGACUAAUAAGGAGCAUGCUGUCACUAUGCCCUGCACCUGGGUGAUGGCGUGCGCGUACGCCCCCUCUGGCUGUGCGGUGGCCUGCGGGGGUUUAGAUAAUAAGUGCUCAGUGUAUCCACUCUCCCUGGACAAGAAUGAGAACCUGGCGGCCAAGAAGAAGUCCGUGGCCAUGCAUACCAACUACCUUUCUGCCUGCAGCUUCACCAACUCAGACAUGCAGAUCCUGACAUCCAGCGGCGACGGGACCUGCGCCCUGUGGGAUGUGGAGAGUGGGCAGCUUCUGCAGAGUUUCCAUGGUCACUCUGCAGACGUGCUCUGCUUAGACCUGGCCCCAUCUGAGACCGGCAACACCUUCGUGUCAGGAGGUUGUGACAAGAAGGCCAACGUUUGGGACAUGCGCUCAGGUCAGUGUAUCCAGUCGUUUGAGACCCACGAGUCAGACAUCAACAGUGUGAGGUACUACCCCAGCGGAGACGCAUUUGCUUCUGGCUCUGACGAUGCCACUUGCCGCCUGUAUGACCUCAGGGCCGACCGGGAAGUAGCCAUCUACUCCAAGGAGAGCAUCAUAUUUGGGGCGUCCAGUGUGGAUUUCUCCCUCAGUGGUCGCCUGCUCUUCGGUGGCUACAACGACUACACCAUCAACGUGUGGGAUGUACUGAAGGGCACUCGGGUGUCCAUUCUCUUCGGCCAUGAGAACCGUGUCAGCACCCUGCGUGUUUCCCCAGAUGGGACAGCCUUCUGCUCUGGCUCCUGGGACCACACCCUGAGGAUCUGGGCCUGAGAUAUUUCUCUAAUGAAAGGGAAUUCGGAUUGAGCAAAGAAAUUCUACAAUGGCCAGCCAAUCAGGAUGGUCACACAUUGUGAGAGGUGGUUUCCUGGGAAACCUCUGCUAACACAAAUAAAUGUCUUGUGUCAUCAUCUAAGUGGAAAGUCUUUUAGCUACACAUGUAUAUAUAUACCCCCUGCGAUAAACGGAUGUGUGGUUAAGGGACACAUCAGCUUUCAUUUUCCAUUGCGAUUCAGAAAACAGUGUCAAUGUAUCAUUAGCAUGUGUUUAACCUCCUGAAUCAAAAGCCCCCUCUCCCUGCCUGGAUGCAUAUUCUGCCUUUAUGUGGUCGCCCACGUCACAUGUUUGUUUGUACAUUUCCUUUACAUAUUGCAGAUUUACCGUCUCUAGACAGCACAGCUGCACAGAAGGUAGUUGCCCCCACCUCUGUCACGGGGUGGAGGUGAUCCCCCCCCCAUUUUAUUUGGGCUUCCUCCCACUUUCAUAAUCAAUCCUUUAAGAUGCUAUAAGAUCCGACAUGCCCAUAAAGGUUAUUUAUAUGUGACAGGCAGGUGCCCAGGAUGAAUCCCCACCCCAGGAUUCACUGCUUCCCAGGAUUAGCCACAGACGACAAUGAGCUUGGCUGGGCGAUUUCUGAUGGUGCAAAAAACAAUCCCUGCAUAUUUAGAUUUUAUCUCUUUUCAGGGCCUGGAUAGCCUUUAUAGUAUUAAAAUUAUAUGGAUAUGUGUUUAAGGGGAACAAAAGGCAGUUUCCAUGUUCUUGGAUGGGUUUUAAGUCCUCUGACUUUGUAGAUGCAAAACUAAUACAAAUUAGUAUUUCAUCCUUCUUGUUAUUAAUAAUUAUUGAUAUCUAGGAAAUACAAAAAGUGCACCCACAGAAAUGUCCUUUCCCUUACUACAAGGAUGACAGAAUGUUGCAAGUAAUUUAAAAUCUUAUCUAAUUAGAAAAAUGCACUUGAAAUUAGUUAGCUUGUUCUGUGGUUGUAAUAUUUAGGCACUAUUUAUAUUUUGUACUUUGAUGACACAACAUAUGCUCUUUUUAUGAGCAACAUUUUUGACCAAAACAGGAUUUCACAGACUCUCAUUAGCUCUGUCCUCUGGAUUUCACUACAGAAAAUGCCAGGAGGAAAAAAAAAAACAAUUCCUUAUAAUAUGGAACUUGUUACAUUAUUCUCAAAUCUUAAAGUGUAGAA